AUGAGGAACUUGUUACGUAUUCUUAUUGCUGUCUCUAUUUUGUAUCAAUGUAGUUGUAUUUCGUUGGGACGAGAGCAGAGCAGCGGGGCCAAAGGAGUGCUGACUUGUAACGGAAAACCUUUGGCUGGAGUCAGAGUAAAGCUCUUCGAUGACGACAGAGGUAAACCAUUUGGGCAAAAAUAUUGCCACUGUUAUCUUUUUCAUGCUCUCCUGCUGUCUUAGCAUCAAUUUGAAGCAAUUUUUAUCUGAUCUUCUUAUCAAAAAUCAAGCAUCUUACUCAUGACCAUCUUUUGUUCAAGUGUAAUAUAAAACUACUUGUAGGUAUCGACGCCGAUGAUCUUUUGGACGAUACUAAGACUAAUGAGAGAGGAGAAUUCUCACUGAGUGGAUCUACGAGUGAGAUUACCACCAUCGACCCUAAAAUCAACAUCUAUCAUGACUGUGAAGAUGGGAUCCGUGUAAGUGACAUGGUGUAUAUUUUGAUGAUUUUUGCAAAAUCCGAAAGUUCUUUAGGUGGUGUAAUGGCAUUUAUAUCGUAGAACAGGCUGUCCAGCCUAAUGGCGAACCGAUUUUUUCGUUGAAAUAUACGCGUACAAAAUUUUUUGACAAAAAGAUUAAAAAAUGAUGAUUUUAGAGGUCUCCAAUGAGUUUUAGCUACAGUAAGCCUCUGUAACGGGCCAUCAUCAUAGCGAAUGAUUUUUUGGAACUCUAGAAGACUCAUAUGCUGGGAUUUUAUCUUAAGUUUACAAUUUGUAGCCCUGCCAACGCAAGAUGACCAUCUUUAUUCCGGAUGCGUAUGUCAACACUGGUCCUCGUCCCAAGAAAUUCUACGAAGCCGGAACAAUCGAACUCGCAGGGAAAUUCCCGGGAGAAGAGCGAGAUUGCCUUCAUUAA